AUGGCGCCAUCGUUGUUCUGGUGGUCCAACGAGAAGCCGCGGGCGACGCCAGUGGUCGUCAAAAUGUCGAACCCCAACUACUCCGUUGUGGAGCUGUCGUCCCCCGAGGAGGAUGACCUCGCCGCCCUCUCCUCCCCCGGCGGCCUCAAGGGAGCCCGCGGGAGGAACGCCAAGCAACUCACAUGGGUCCUCCUCCUCCGCGCCCACCGAGCCGCCGGGUGCCUCUCCUCUCUUGCCGCCGCCGCCUCCAGCGUCGCCUCCGCUGUCCGCCGCCGAGUCGCCUCGGGGAGGACCGACGCCGCCGACGAGGAGCAGGAGGAGAAGGAGGAGAUGGUGCCGGUAGCCAGCCGGGGAUUGCGGGCGCGGUUCUACUCCUGCAUCAAGCUGUUCCUCUUCCUGUCACUGGCGAUGCUGGGCUUCGAGGUAGCGGCCUAUUUCAAGGGAUGGCAUCUGGGCGGCGCCGCCCCAGAGCUUCAGCGGCUCCUCGCCUACGGCCCUCUCCGCGUACGGAGCAUCUUCGACUGGUUCUACUCGGGGUGGGUGAUGGUGAGAGCGGAGUACCUCGCUCCCCCUCUCCAGUUCCUUGCCAACGUCUGCGUCGUCCUCUUCCUCAUCCAGAGCGCCGAUCGUCUCGUCCUCUGCCUCGGCUGCUUCUGGAUUAAGCUGAGAAAGAUCAAGCCGGUGCCCAAAAGCGACGGCUCCGCCGGGGCGAAAGAGGGGGACCUCGAGUCCGGCGCCGACAAAGGCUUCUUCCCCAUGGUUCUCGUCCAGAUCCCUAUGUGCAAUGAGAAGGAGGUAGGCCGAGAAAAUUUCCCCAUCUGCAACUCUCGAUCGGUUUAAUGAAUCCCCUCUCCAUGGCAACGACAGGUCUAUCAGCAGUCCAUCGCCGCCAUCUGCAAUUUGGACUGGCCGAGGACGAACAUGCUGAUCCAGGUGCUCGACGACUCGGACGAUCCCCUUUCCCGGGUCCUGAUCGAGGAGGAGGUUGCUAAGUGGAAGAACGACGGCGCCAACAUCGUGUAUCGCCACCGGGAGAUCCGGGAGGGGUACAAGGCCGGCAAUCUCAAGUCCGCAAUGAACUGCAGCUACGUCAAGGACUACGAGUUCGUCGCCAUCUUCGACGCCGACUUCCAGCCCGGCCCCGACUUCCUGAAGAAGACGGUCCCCUACUUCAGGGUGAGGGCGGCUCCCGAUCCCCAUUGACAGUCUAAUCUAAAACUCAUUCUCCAUCCGGUGGGGGAUGUGGCUGGGUUCUGACGGCGAGGAGGAAUGGUGGUGGGUUGCAGGACAACGAGGAGCUGGGUCUGGUGCAGGCGCGAUGGUCCUUCGUCAACAAAGACGAGAAUGUGCUGACCCGGCUGCAGAACAUCAACCUGUGCUUCCAUUUCGAGGUAGAGCAGCAGGUAAACGGCAUCUUCCUCAACUUCUUCGGUUUCAACGGGACGGCCGGCGUCUGGAGGAUCAGGGCUCUGGAGGAAUCCGGCGGCUGGAUGGAGCGGACGACGGUAGAGGACAUGGACAUCGCCGUCCGCGCGCACCUCAAUGGUUGGAAGUUCGUCUUCCUCAACGAUGUCGAGGUCUGUAAUCCCCCAACUCGAACCCUUGUUCGCCGCAUUUCCCCGCCGUGAUCGCGUGGGAUCUCUGAAUUCUGUGGGUCGCCGCAUUUCAGUGCCAGUGUGAGCUGCCGGAAUCUUACGAAGCCUACCGGAAGCAGCAGCACCGGUGGCAUUCGGGCCCCAUGCAGCUCUUCCGCCUGUGCUUUCCAGAGAUCAUCCGGGCCAAGGUCUGAUGCCACCUCCGUAAGAAUUCGCCAUGGCGGAUCUCGAACUCUAGCUUACGAGAAGCUGUUCUUCCUUUUCCACGCAGAUCGGAUUCUGGAAGAAGUCCAACCUGAUCCUCCUCUUCUUCCUCCUCCGGAAGCUGAUACUGCCGUUCUACUCCUUCACUCUUUUCUGCAUCAUCCUCCCGAUGACCAUGUUCGUGCCGGAGGCGGAGCUCCCAUCGUGGGUGGUCUGCUUCAUCCCAGCGACCAUGUCCUUCCUCAACAUCCUCCCCUCCCCUAAGUCCUUCCCCUUCAUCGUCCCCUACCUCCUCUUCGAGAACACCAUGUCCGUGACCAAGUUCACUGCCAUGAUCUCGGGCCUCUUCCAGCUGGGUAGCGCCUACGAGUGGGUGGUGACGAAGAAAUCCGGGCGCUCGUCGGAGGGGGACCUCCUGUCCCUGGUGGAGAAGGAGAAGCCCCUCAGACAGCGCAAUCUGUCCGUUCCCAACCUGGACGCUGCCGCCAAGGAGGGCUCUCUGCAACUCAAGGACCACAAGAAACACAACAAGAUCUACCGGAAAGAGCUUGCCCUGGCUUUUCUUCUCCUCACCGCCGCCGCCCGGAGCCUCCUCUCUGCGCAGGGCAUACACUUCUACUUCCUCCUCUUUCAGGGAAUCUCGUUCUUGCUGGUCGGCCUGGAUCUGAUCGGGGAGCAGAUCGAAUGA